CCCGGCUCCUCCGCCCCUCGCCGGCCCCGAGCCCGGCCCUGCCCCGCGGAGCGGCCCCGCCGGCGGUCCCGGGGCUGCUGCGAUGGAGCUGCCGGCCGUCAGCCUCAAGGCUAUCAUUCUGGUACAUUGGCUGCUCACAGUGUGGGGAUGCAUGAAUUACAUGUUGCCAAUCUCCUAUGCCUGGGGGAAUUUCAGUGUCCUUGCAGUUGGGAUCUGGGCCAUUGUGCAGCGAGAUUCCCUUGAUGCCAUAACGAUGUUCUUGACUGGCCUGCUGCUCACAGUCCUCACAGACAUCAUCCACAUCUCUAUCUUCUACCCUUCACACGACUUCCUCAGUGAUGUGAAGCGUUUCAGUAUAGGCAUGGCCAUCUUCAGUCUCCUCCUCAAACCUGUGUCCUGCUACUUGGUGUAUCGAAUGUAUCGGGAGCGUGGAGGAGAGUACACCUUUAACAUAGGUGUCACCAGUGCAGGCCAGGACCGCAGCACCUACGAGCCCAUUGAUCAGCCAGAUGUGCCUCCACAGUGGCCUUCCCCAGGCAAGGCAGCCCAGCCGCCGUACUGAGGCACCCUGCAUGAGCACAGACACCGCCCUCACCCAGCCCAGCCUCCCGCUCUUCCCGUGGAGCAGCACCUGCUACUGGGCAAACAGGAGAGCUGAUAUUUCUUUUGCCUACCUAAAGGUUAGGCAGAUGGGUUCUGCAGUAAGUCCAGAAGAUUUUGGAGGUGUCAUGUUAAGCACAGUGACUCACUGUAAUCCCAGUAUUCUCCUUUCCUCCCUCCCCCUAAAUCCCUUCUCUGUAUGUGACUGGAUGCACGUUCUGCAGUCCUCCAGUCUUUCCUUGUGCUUCCUCUUCGUUAUAAGAGAACCACUCAAAGUACUCCUGGACAAGCAAUCUUUAAAAGGCUUAUGGGUUGUCCUAAAACAAUACAGUGUAGCCUGAUUUUAUGCAGAUAUAUUUCCAGGAAACAUGUGGGAGUUCCCAAGAGCUGUUUUUGAUGGCAUUAUUUAACUUCUUGUGCUCCCAGUAGCUGGACUUAGGUUUUAUUAAGUGAUGCUUUUACACAAGUUGAAUGUCCUUCAGGAUACUUUAAAUGACUGUUGAAUGUAGAUUAUAGACCCUUUGUGCCUUGAAAUAUCCUUUUGCCUUCAGCUGCUUGUCUUAACAGAACUUGAAAUGUUACAUUUUUCUAAGAAAACUAUAAAAUGAACACAGUUUUUCUGUGUUAGAAAAA